AUGGCGUCUGCUAUUCCUGUUGGCGUCUACGGACGUCGCAUUCCGGCUGGAGGCAUUCCCAUUCUGGCUGCUGUCGACCAGUCCACCACUUUCAGAAUUACGAUGGCUGCCAUCGACCCAGAUGCUGAGCCACAGUUUGACGAGGACCAAAAGCAUGCUCGCGCAACCUUGAAGCUCAUCCGUAUCCCUGAUGACUUUGACAUGGAAGAUGAUGAUGAUGAGGACUAUGAAGAGGGUGACAUUGAGGCAAUCGCUGCCCGUCUGCGUGCAGCUGGUGCGCUUCCCGAGGCUGACUCGGACCUUUCCGAUGACGACAGCGAAGAUGAGAAGAAUGGCGGUCCUAGCGAUCCAGCCAAGUCAAAGAAGGCCAAGCAAGCUGCUCUUACCAAGAAGAUGCAAGAGGAGCUUGAGGCCGAUGACAUGGACAUUGACAGCUUGACCAACGGCGCCAAGGGUAAGGCCAAGGGCAAGGCUAAGGUUACCGAUGAUGAUUUGAGCGACGAGGAUGACGAAGACGAUGAAGACGACGACGAUGAGGAUGAGCCUGAAGAGCUUGUUCUCUGCACACUUGACCCUGAGAAGCACUACCAGCAGCCUCUCGACAUCACUGUCCGCCAGGGCGAGGAGGUCUACCUCUGUGUCACCGGCACGCACGACGUCUACGUCACCGGUAACUAUGUCGCAUUCCCUGAAGACGAGGACAGCGAGGAUGAGGAAGACGACGGUCUUGACGAACUCGGGUACGAUCUGUCUCCCGACGAGGAUGAGCUCGAUGGUAUGGACGAAUCAGAGGACGACGAGCUCGAUGGUAUGAGCGACCCCAGAAUCACCGAGGUUGACAGUGAUGAGGAGGAGGUUCCCAAGCUGGUUGAGGCUAGCAAGAAGAGCAAGAAGCGUGCUGCUGAGGAGGAGGCCAGCCUUGAUGACAUGAUCAGCAAGACUAAUGGCGACGCUAAGCUCAGCAAGAAGCAAGCUAAGAAGCUCAAGAAGAACGAUGGCCAAGCUGUUGCUAGCGCUGCUGAGCCAGAGAAGAAGGCUGAAAAGGUUGAGAAGAACGACACCCCCAGCAGCGACAAGAAGAAGGUUCAGUUCGCUAAGAACCUCGAGCAGGGCCCCACUGGCUCCCCAAAGGUCGAUGCACCCAAGCCAGAGGCAAAGAAGGAGGCUACCAAGGGACCUCGCAACGUCAGCGGCGUCAUUGUUGAUGACAAGAAGGAGGGCAAGGGCAAGGCCGCCAAGAAGGGUGACCGUGUCGAGAUGCGCUACAUUGGCAAGCUGAAGAACGGCAAGGUCUUUGACUCCAACAAGAAGGGCAAGCCUUUCUCCUUCAAGCUCGGCGUUGGCCAAGUCAUCAAGGGCUGGGACGUUGGUGUCGCUGGUAUGACCCCCGGCGGCGAGCGUCGUCUCACUAUUCCCGCUGCGAUGGCAUACGGAAAGAAGGGUGCCCCCCCGGACAUCCCACCCAACUCUGACUUGAUCUUCGACAUCAAGUGUAUCUCGGUCAGCUAA